GGACAACGGAAUAUGAGACAUCGUUGGUCGGCGGCCACGGCGGUCGCUUGCUAGGGAUGGCACAUGCCAUGGAGGAGCCGUGUAUAACAAUAACAAAGCGGUGCCAGCGACAGCGAGAUAGCCAGGACGACCGGGAACAGGAAGGCGUGCAUGGAACAGAGCCCCACCCAUCAGAGCAGGCGUGAGUAAGAGUCGCGGAUUAGACGAUGGUCAGCAGGGCAACAACCAGCCAAGCCAACCUUACUGUGGUCCGCUGCACAGCACCGGCACGCCGACCACCACCCACCGAUCAUCCCAUCCCAUUCAGGCACAUCCGAGACGCCGUCGUCGCCAAAGGACAGAUUGCUCUCAUGGACGAGCCCGACUUCCUUCACGCCACGCCAGAGUGCCUCUUGCCUCCCGAGGCAUGGGUGAACAAGAAGGAACGUUUCCGGUGCCACGUGUGUGCGCAGAAGUUCAACAACAUCUACCGCCGACGCCACCAUUGCCGCAUGUGCGGCGAGCUCUUUUGCAGGCAAUGUAUCGUCAACAAAUUCCUCCACAUCGCCGGCCGGGACAAAGUCACGGUCAAAGUGUGCACGCCGUGUGCGUAUGAGGACGCGAGCCAAGCCAAGCGCCGCCGGCCGCGGUCACCCAUAAGCUUUCGAACGUCGCGACGCCUCGAGCAUAUCACCAACUGCUCGGACGACGAAAGCAACGACGAAGCAGCCACCAAGGACCUGCUGAACUCGCCCGUGCUUUCGGUUCUGUCGUCGUCGCAGAGUUUCGCCACCCCAUCGGCAGCCCGGCGAUCGAUCUCUGCUCCUGUCCACGAUCUCGACUUUGACGAAGCUCGGUACUCUGGCCCGCUCCACUGCCCGAGCGCGCCGUGCCUUAUCAAUGAGAUUGAGCGCCUCGGGGCCCUCAAGUCCCUUCAGAUUCUCUACUCCCCACCCGAGGAAACGUUCAACGUGAUCUGUGAACUCGCCGCCACGACGCUGCAUUGCCCCAUGGCGAUCGUGAGCUUCAUGGACCUCGAGCGCCAGUGGUUCAAGGCCAAAGUCGGGUUUUCCAAGAAUCACUUUUCCCGACGUAUCUCGUUUUGCGCCCAUGCCCUGGCUACGCCAGAGCCGACGAUCGUCCUCGACACACGACUCGACCCGCGGUACACGCGGAAUCCGCUUGUGACAGACUACGGCGUUGCAUUCUACGCCGCCGUUCCUCUCGUGACUGCCGACGGAUGGCCAGUCGGGACCCUCGCCGUAUUUGACUACAAACCCCAUCCGACCUGCGACGUCAGUUCCCUUCUUCCGCUCGCUCGAGGCAUCAUGAAGCAACUCGACGAACGAAAAGCCAACAUCCAGGGAUCGAGAAGACGGCGGCAGGCCGCGUCCUUCGAUGAUCGGUGCCAUGCCACAUCCCUCGUCUCGAAGAAGGUGCAUGCCACACCAACUUUUGGCCCGCAAAAGACCACACUGUCGGCGAUGCCGCCUCCCUUGUCGUUGGAACCGACCGAGACAGGAGACCCUGGCGUAAGUCCUUUGACGUCGAUGCGGUCGUCGUCGACCAUGCAGAGCGCGGCGUCCGCAUCGUCUCCCGCGCCCAAGAUGGAAUCAAUUCUGUUCGACUUGCUCAACAAAACGAGCGAGACACAGCAGCAACUGGCCAACCAGCAAGGCACGAUGUUCGCGACGUUGGGCCACCACUCGGAGCAGAUUGGAAAGAUCUCGGAGGCCCUCGCCCGCCUUGAAUCGAAACUUGGAUCACCCGUGGCGUAACCUUACGGACGGCAAAGGUAUCUGUUUUGUAAAGCACGUAUACGUAACUUGGAUGGAAGCCGGCGGCAAGGCCAUGGCAUCUCCGAUCGAUUGGAAUCCGUGCGUGUCGAACGGAAUGGGAAUCGAUAGAGUAGGAUGUGGCUUCAAUGAAAGACUCGGUGUCGUCGGCGGCUUCGGAGGCACGUGCUCUAUGCUUCGUGUGGAAUGCGCUGGCACACACAUCGUGUUUAAUGACAUG